AUGCCCCUUUUUUCACGCCAAAAAGACAGCCUGAAAGACACCCCGAAAGACACUGCACCCACUGAACCACCUCCAUACAGCGAAGUGGACCAAAAUGCAGGUGAGAAUAGCCAAGCUCCUACUUAUGCGGGGAAAUAUGGCCCAAACGAAUAUCCUCCAGAGAAACCCCAUACGUACGAACAUUCAGAUGGUGCAACUCACAGUAACGCAACAUAUACAAUUCCUGCCAAUGACAUGUACGAAGUUAAGCCUCAGCAGGUGAAUAUUGCAUACGAAACGGACGGAAAACAUACACGUCCGGGAUUCAAAGAAUACUUGGAGAGCGAUCAUGAGAGGGUAAGUCUGGGUAACGGACCACUUCCAAGAGAAGCAUUCGGAAAGAAAGGAGCACCAUUGGAGCCAGGUAGAAAGAACAACAAAAGUGCAGGAGGCAGUACUUUUCCGGGCUCAGGUGGGACAACAUACUUCAACGCUGCGAAUAGGUAA